UCUGACGAAGUUUCACUUUUUUAUGCCGCUCAGUUCAGUUCCAACCGUUCAAGCAAUCACAUCAACUAAAGCCUCAAACUUACAGCAUGUCUGACUAUCCGCAACCGGGCAGCAGCAGCGAUACCGGCCGAAUCCGCGCACGUGGCUUCGUUGGAGCAUCGCGUGGUGGUCGAAACGGUGGCGGAGGUUAUCAACAUGGCGACCAACGUGGUCAAGUUGGCAGCUUUCAGCACCGGCAGCAGUACUUCCAGGGUCGUGCACCGUAUCAGCAGGCUCGUGGCGGUCCAGCUGAAGCAGCAAGUCCUGUUGGGGAGGUGUCCAUUUUGGUGACAGCGCAAAGAGGUUCCGGUAGUGUUCGUGGACGUGGCGGGAUGCGAGGUAACCGGGCGAUUCCUGAGGUUGUGGUUACCAGGAUGCCGGGUGAGUUGGCGAGCAAGCAGGGUACUUCUGGGAAACCAGUUGUACUGCAGACGAACUACUUUCACGUGAAGCGGUUGGAGGAUCUGCGGUUGUUUCAGUAUCAAGUGGAUUUCAAUCCGCCGGUGGAGACAAGAAAGGUGUCCGGUGCGAUCAUCGCCAACUUGAAGCCUCAAAUUGGCGGGAAUCUGUUUCGAGGGGCGCAGCUGUACUCUAGGAACAAGCUGUGCGAUAAAGAGAUCGAGUACAACACGGUCUACAAAGCGACAAACGAGCACUACAAGGUUAAGCUGCGUAGAGUUGGCGAAGUCGAUGGAACCAACGAGGUAGCGUUCCAGGUUUACAACCUGAUCAACCGGAUGGCGAUGGAAGGUUUGAAGCUGCAGCUGAUCGGUCGUAAUCUGUACGAUCCGGCAGCAAUGAUUCGUCUACAAGAGCACAAACUUGAUCUUUAUCCUGGCUAUCUAACCAGCAUCCGGCAGCAUGAACAGGAUGUCCUGAUGUGCGUCGAACUUACCCACCGGGUUAUGCGUACGGAAACGUGUCUCGAUCUGUUGCUAGCGUGCGUGAAUUUCCGAGGAAACUUUCAGGACAACUUCCGCAGACAAGUCAUCGGAACGAUCGUGAUGACCACGUACGGCAGCAACAAGACGUACACGAUCAACGAUGUGGACUUCAGCAUUACACCGGAGAGCACGUUCGAGACCAAAACUGGUCCGAUCAGCUUUCUGCAAUACUACCGCGAUCGGUACAACGUUACGAUCAGCGACAGACGUCAACCGAUGUUGAUUUCGCGCGCCAAGGCUCGGGACAUUCGAGCCGGCAUGCCCGAACUGAUCAUACUGGUUCCAGAGCUGUCCCGAAUCACGGGCCUGUCCGACGAAAAUCGACGGGACUUCAGGUUAAUGCGCGAUCUUGCCGGCCACACGAGGCUGUCUCCGGAUCGCCGUAUUGUGCGACUGGAGCAGAUCAAUGAUCGGCUGAAAAAAUGCAAGGAUAGUGCGGACAUCUUUCGCUUCUGGAAGACGGAGCUCGACCGGCGGCUAGUUGAGGUUCGAGGACGGGUGUUACCAACGGAGAUGAUCUUACUGCACCCGGUGGAAACAAAAGCGAGAACAUCAGCCGGUGAUAAGGCGGAUUGGCAGGCGGCUUUCCGGGAGAAACCCAUGUACUUGACGGUCGCGCUCAAACAUUGGGCGAUCGUGGUGCCUGCCCGGGAAACAAGAAACAUAGGUAAUUUCUUGAACUGUCUUUACCAAGUCUCAAGAAAGAUGACCUUUAUGAUAAACCAACCUCACUUUGUCGAGAUCAGCAACGAUUCUCCAAAUGUUUACGUGGAAACGCUGGAGCAACUCUGCAACAGGGACCCGCAGCUGAUCAUGUGCGUCGUUACGGACGACAAAGCCGAUCGCUAUGCGGCAAUCAAGAAGAAAUGCUGCGUCAAUCGAGCGAUCCCCACACAGGUGAUCAAAAGCCGAACUAUCACGCCAAGACAUGGCAAUAUGAUGUUGUCCGUAGCGACCAAGGUGGCAAUUCAGCUGAAUAGUAAACUCGGCGGAAUCCCGUGGGUCGUCAAGGUGCUCAUGGAAUCGGUAAUGUGCGUUGGUUUUGACGUUUGCCGUGACACUAAGGACAAAAACAUAUGCUACGGUGCCUUAGUGGCGGCCAUGAACCACGGAAAACACAGACAGCACUCGGAAUUCUACUCAACGGUCAACCAGCACAGCUACGGUGCCGAUCUGUCCGAUUCGCUGGGGUUGAACAUCGUCAAAGCGCUACGAUCGUUCCAGGGUGCUUUUGAAAACAACUUACCGGAACGAAUUAUCAUCUACCGAGAUGGAGUCGGCGAUGGCGAAUUGAAGUACGUCCACGAACACGAGGUUGGCGCCGUCAGGGAGCAAGUUGAUCGCAUAUACAAGGCAUACGAAAAGAAGCCAAAGCUAGCGUUCAUUGUGGUGAGCAAACGAAUCAACACGCGUUUCUUCGACGCCAAGAGCAAUCCCAAACCGGGAACCGUCGUCGACGAUGUGAUCACGCUUCCCGAACGAAACGACUUCUACCUCGUCUCCCAGAGUGCCCGGCAGGGCACCGUCUCGCCCACCUCGUACAACGUGCUGUACAACGGGUCCGAGCUGGGUGCCGACCAGCUGCAGGUGCACUCGUACAAGCAAACGCACAUGUACUACAACUGGACCGGCACGGUGCAGGUCCCUGCGGUUUGCCAGUACGCCAAUAAGCUGGCGGCACUCGUCGGGCAAUUCCUGCACCAGCCACCGCAUACGAGGCUGGAGCGGAAGCUGCACUUUUUGUAA